AUGAAGCGCUUUGGGCUUCUCGCGUCGCGGGUUUGCAACGAAAAUGCCUCAUGCACGGUGCUUAUCCCACGAGGACUCGUCGGCCUAUCCAAGGUUCACUCAACCUAUGCUAGGAACAACCCAGCUCGGGCGUUUUUAGGGUCAACUAGAGCGGAGAUUCGCUCGAAUAAGUACCCUUAUAGUGCGCUGCCUCCAGGGCCAUCAUUCAGGCUGCUCGAACUUCAUCCUCGAAAGCACGCACAAAACCCGGAUCAAAUCGUGGUAUCACUACGAGACUCGCGUCUAGACUCAACCACCGCGCCAUAUGAAGCGUUGUCGUAUAGCUGGAAUGACCCUUACGCCCCUACGCUUUUACCUCCAGAUGUACCGACAACUGUUGGUCAAGAUGGCAAGGUCGCAUGCUCCCUUAGCAUAGAUGGUGAUUACACUGUUCAGGUGACACCGAAUCUGAUGCUCGCCCUACGAGCUUUGCAGUUGGACAAUGUCUCUCGUACUCUAUGGAUCGAUGCGCUGUGCAUCAACCAAGACUCUUCCCUUGAGAAGAGUAGUCAGGUCCCACUCAUGACAGAUAUUUAUAGCAAAGCGAGAAAAGUUGUUAUCUGGCUAGGCGAGGAAGAUUAUUGGACAUACGGCUCGAUCAGAGUCAUCAACCGCUGGGCUGAUAUAUAUGCCAACGCCUUGAAGACCGGGGCUCGUCAAUCAGAGAUUUUGGAAAAGCUCACAGAGUGGAGCACCUUCGACGUCGAAGAGCAGGCUUGCUUUGAGGCGUUUGUCCGCCGCGCGUGGUUCACACGUGCAUGGACAUUCCAAGAGCUGUGUUUGUCACAGGAUACUGAGAUUCGCUGCGGUAAAUAUGCUGUUCCCUGGGAAGUGUUUGGGGAUGCAUGUGCCGCACUUGUUGCCGCGGGGCAGGAGAAUUUCGUGUUUGAGGAACAUGAAAACAUCAAAACCUUGGUCGACUUUCACAAACUCUGCCGAGACAUGCCUAACCGGCAGGACCGCCUCCGAGAUGAGAGAUUUCAACUCUCACGUCUCUUGCAGCGCACCCGGCCGCAACAAGCAACAGACCCGCGAGACAAGCUGUAUUCUCUGUUGGGCAUUGCAAACCCACCAGGGACAGUGGGAAAGGCCUACCGGGUUGAUUAUAUGGAAACGAAAAAAGAAGUCUACUGUCGAUUUACGAGAGACAUGAUUGCGGAGGAUGGUGAUCUGGGCGUCUUGUCUUCUGUUCAGAGACAGCAAUCUCCAACCAAAGAGGUUGAGUACUAUGUGCGAGCCCUUCGGGAAGCCGCACAGGCAGCAGAGCCACAAGAAACCGACGAAUCUGUAUCUGCAGAAUCGGCUAAAAAGCUCGAUGAUGAACAGCUUGUGUUAUGGAGAGACGCGCACAGGGACAUAUUUCCUGGCUUGUUCAGCCCGAUUGAGCUGGAAUGCUCCGAGUCCAAGACUGACGGUUUACCAUCUUGGGUCCCCGAUUUCAUGGCUCAAGACCAUGUUGAGUACGUGGCCACGGAUGUAAAUAUCAAGACUGACCUCCCUGAAACCCUUAUCCGGACAAGGUUUCCACGUCCCAUCGCGCAGCAAUUCAACGAUGGGUGGCCUCGGUACUGGUUGAAUAAGCAGUUUUCUUAUUGUGUUAGAUCGGGAGACAUUACUUAUGAAACGGACAAUACCGACCGCCUAGGCGUCUGGGGAGUGAAAGUUGGAACGGUCAAGAGCGUGUUCGAGAUGCCGUUCACCAGUGAUCCAACCGUCAGAGUGUCUUUGAGAACCGAAGAGCCUGGACUUGAGCCCGACCUUCCUGCUGGUUCCCCAUCCUCGAAAGCCAAGGCACCUUCGGCCCCAGUACCUUUCAACUUCGACUUCACCCGUCGUUUCUGGCCAGUACAGGACCACGAGUCUGCAGGCCCAGAGCCCGUACUGGUAGAAGACCAAGCUUACAAGCAUACGGGAGAGCGCACCGAACUCGCCGUGCUCCGUACUCUUACCGCCGACAUGCUUCCCAUCUCCAAGCGCUUGCCCCAGGCUCAGAAAACGGUGCUCUUCCCAUUCCACUACGAUUGGUACUUUUGGAAUCAGGGCCCCGACAACCAGCCUCGAAAGUUCCCUAACAUGGCGCCCUCUCGCCUCGAGUCCUGGAACAUCAGAGUGCGCAGUGACUUCUCCCAACACAUGGUGUUGCAUGGUUGGAUCGUGUUAAGCCAGACCAUUCGCAUUUGGCGGGCGAGAUUCUCCCUGUGGAUGCGAGGAGGAAAUUCCAACACUCCCUGGACUGAGUUCGACUUGGGUGAGUUGCAACACGCGCGGCGUAUCAAGGAGCUGUACACAGGGUUCUUGACAUGGCCAUUGGACAUUAUCCCAUUUGCAAGUAUGCCGGGCAAUUGGCGUCAGAAUUCGGGGGCGCGUGCUGGUUGGUUUAGCCGCCAUCCGUUUCUUGCCCUCUUGGUAGCCACGAUGCCGCUCAGCAUUCUCGAGGGCGUUUUCAAAUCCUAUUGGAAAAAGGAUUGGGCAGUGGGCACAGUUUUAGACGGAGUGCCUACCGCCUGGGUGUGGCUAGCCGUGUGGCUUCCCAUUGUCUUAUUCAACGUGAUGCGCGGUGCUCGUAAAGUUCGCGGCUUUGAGCGCGACGUGAGCAUGCCGGUAGGCUGGGAGAACGGUGCGGCCCGAUUAACCGAGUUUGACUCCGUGCCUGGGUUCUCUCAGCAGGAACUGGAUGGUCUUCACGGUCUCUGGGGCAUAUCGUGUGAGAUUCAACAUGCCGUGAACAGGGCAAGCUGGAACCGUGAGUUUUUCGUCACUGAAAACGGGUACAUGGGAAUCGGACCUGUUGGUGUGCGGCCGGGAGACGAAGUCUGGAGCUUGAUUGGUGGCCAUGUGCCGUUUGUGCUUCGCCAUUCAAGCCACAGCAACGAUACGGCUCGUGGUCAAUAUUACAAGCUUGUGGGAGAGAGCUAUGUUCAUGGAAUCAUGGAUGGUGAACUGUGGGAUGGACAGAGAGAUACCUGGAAAGACUUGGAGAAGAUGAAAGCCAAGGCGACCAAAGUUGUAUUGGUUUAG